CCUGUCUGUCCUGGAGAAUUGUUAUGUUUAUAUCGCAACAGGUGGUGGUUUUUUCUGGAAGAGUUUGAUUAAUUGUUUCCGUUGUACGGCUCUAUAAUAAGGACAAAAAUCAUGGACAAAUCAAACCAGUUAUGUUUUUAUAUAUUUUUGACAACAACACUUUUCACAGAUAUCAAUUCAAUUGACGAUUUUCCACUUAAUUGGUUUGAUGCUCAGAAUCAUUGCUUAAGUCAGGGAUUGACUAUAGAGAGAGAAAAAAGUGACCAGCCAUAUUGGACAGGUGUUUACCGAAGACUGACUCCUUGGAUAAAUAUAUUAGGUUGCUAUAAAGAUUCCAUCGAGUCAAAGCAAGAUGUACUGAACAUUACUAUGACUAUAAGUUCCGUUGCAAUGUGUCAAGAAUUAUGUUAUCAUGAAAAAAUUGAUAAAUUUGCUGUAAAGAUGAAUACAUGUUUAUGUAUUGAAAGCGACAUCUACGGAAGCCGCUAUAAUCGACUUUCAGCUUCUAAUUGCAACAUUAAAUGUGUAGUUAACACAGACGAUAUAUAUUUCGAAGAUUGGGGUGGGGAAGGCGCUUACAACAUAUAUGAAACUCAAGGAGUUUAUUUCAACUCGGUUGAAUCAUGUAUGGCUUUACAAUGCAAUCCUGAUGACAUAAAAUUUAUUCCACAACAAUGUUCCAAAUCCUUUGAAAAAGUGUGUGAAAAUAUGACAUUACCACGUAAUGGUUAUGCAAAUAGUUGGAGUUUAUCAAUGAAACAAUGUAGAGAAUCACAUCCGUCUACCUAUUUAUUGGGAGAUUUUGAUUUGGAUUACCCAUACCAAGUUUGUAAACGUAUACCACAAAAUCUGCAGCUUUUUUGGGUAGGCGUGGCACGACAAAUAUAUACAACUAUCGAUCAAGGAUGGGAAAUAAACGUGGAAGAAAGAGAACGAUUUCAAGAAUGCCAACUGUGUACAAAUAACGAAUGUUGUUUCAAAAGCUGCUAUGAUUUGGCAGCAAGUUCCAUAUUCUGUGAAACAAUAUUAGGCACUUCCCAACGCCAAGAAACAGGAAAUGUAACAAGAUUGCAUGGAAACUUAAACGAUUUGUCAAAUCAUUUGACGGCAAAAAAACUAAUAGCUCUACAUUUUACAAUUAAGAAUUGCGAUGAGGCUCAGUUGCCAUCGGUUAAAGACACACAACAAAAGUCAAGUGCCAGUAACAACUUAGCUUUGAAAAUAUCUUUACCACUCAUCUUAGGUAUCAUCAUUUUACUUUCAUCUGCAGUGGGAUUGGUGUUUUAUAGAAGAAGGGGCAAAAUGACGAAGACUGAUAGAACUACAAAAUCAGAAGUUAAAUCUGUACCUCAGAUACAAGUCUACUCUGAGUUGGAUUUUGCUCAGAGUAAUUCAUCUUUCACGUUGGAACACUGUUAUCAGAAGAUAUCAAAGGGAAGUAAUUCAUUGAAUGAAAGUCCUUACAGCAAUUCAGAAGAGAGUGUUAAUGACCAUUUGAAAGUCAAACAGGCACAAGAAAAGGAAGGGAAUAAUACAUAUCAAAAUGCCUCAACAGAUAUGACUGGAGAUAUAUUCCGGUAUGAUACCAUUGCAAAUACAGUAAACAAGAAUCAGGAAUAAGAGGCUACCUACUUUAAGAUGCAAACGAUAUUUUUUGAUGUUAUAUACCUGCCUACAAACAAUAAUUGAC